CGGGAAGGGAGAGAGUCAUAAGAGCCUCUAGAACUACGAUCCGGAAGACCAAUAAGCUUAUAAUAAUCGCUGAAGAGGUUGUAACCUUUUUAUUUCAUAUACGUAGCGUCCCAUAUUCUUCUUCGGAUCGCCGGCGGAGUGACGCAGCACCAAUUACUACUACGUCAUGCGGUUAGAGAGUGAACGCCAUCCAAGGAAGGGUUAAUAAGGUCUUCUUACUCUGACGAUGAGUCUUUGGCUGCUGAAAAUCUUUCUGCGUACGAGUGGUUAUUGGUAGCCUGUUCCAGAAACUGGCAUCACAAGACCUUUUUAUCAGUAUGCAUAUGAAAAAGAUUUUCUUCGUUUCCCAACUGCAUUCCUUUUUUUGCUUCUUUCGCAGACUCAUAUUGCACUACUCCUUUUUAAAAAAAAGCCACAUUCAUUCCCGUCGGUCAAAAUGAAGGUCGUCGCUCUUUUCGCUGUCCUCCCCGCCCUUGCGGUUCUCGCUGAGCCUGCUGCUUUCCCCGAUCCUACUCCCGCCGCUCCUGCCCUACAAUUUGGCAAACCUGCUGUCGAGCGAGCCGCCAACAUUGAAGCCCGGCAAGUAAUCUCUUCCCUCACUUCCGUUGCUGGCUCAGCUAUUGGCUCUGUUGUGAACACUGCCACUGGUGGUGCAGGAUCUGUCGCUUCAGACGCUACAAGCGCCGGAGGUGCCGCCACUUCCGACGCUGGCUCUGUUGCCUCGGACGCUACUUCUGGCGCUGGCUCUGUUGCCUCGGACGCUACUUCUGGAGCCAGCUCAGUUGCUUCCGACGCCACCUCUGGCGCAAGCUCCGUCGCUUCUGGCGCUUCUUCUGGCGCCAGUUCUGCUGCUUCUGGAGCCAGCAGUGCCGCUUCUGCUACUAGCGGUGGCGGAAGCAGCUCUCAAGGUGUCGUUGGGUCUCUUACCAGCGUCGCUCAGAGUGCUACUAGUGCCGCAGGUUCUGUUGCUGGUAACUCUGCGGCCAUUCCUGCUGCCAUUGUCGGACAGGCCGGUCUUUGGACUGCCGUAAUGGGUGGUGUCGGUCUUGUCGUUGGCGCUGCCACAAUCUGGGCAUAAGGCAAUAUUGUUGGCUUGGUUUUUGUUUGUUCUAUCCAGGAGCGGAAGUGCCAGAAGUAUAUAUAAGCAAAUUGUUAGAGAAUAAUGCAGGUUGUAAUU